AUGAGCUCCUCAUCGGGUUCUCUCACCACGCAAUUGCUCCAGGGAUAUCGCACUGUGUCAUUGCCUGGAUUGUUUCCCGUGGAGGAGCAUGAGCUUUUUGGAAAGGAGCGCGGUCAAGUGCUGCUAUCGGAUAUCGGUUACUCUAAAGUUGUCAUGCCCGAAGACGCCCCAUCAGGGGCUGAAGAAUCUGGUCACUCUUCGUUUUUUGUUGCAGUUCUAUCGAAACGAAAAACGCUGUUGCUGUUUCUUCGCGCCGACUCGCUUGAAUAUGCAUCCAGCUGGACAAGUAUUAUCAAUAAUGCAGUCCACACUGGCAAAAGUGUACAUUUCGCACCUCGAUGGACCGUGGAGACCAUGCAAUCAUUUAUUUCAGUGGCGUCGGGCAACUUUGCAGACGCAGCGGUACAUAAGGUGACUGAAAUACCGAUCGACGUGGCAGCAGCACCGACCAUGACGCGUCCAGCUCCAAAAGUACUGGUUGUAAGUGUUGUCUCUGGAUCCUUAAACGGUCCGAAUAUAUCCGAAAAAGUGGUCAAGCGCAAUGUGGAGAUUGAAGUGGAAUUCUUGCUUGGCUCGUUUGGGCAAAAAGACACAUGUGUUGUAACAUUAAGUGACGGCGAAGAGGUGUACAUAUCUCGGCGCAUGCUGGGGAACGAUCUUCAGAGUCUGCUCACGAGCCCGAAACAGAUCGAGCUGACAACACCAACUCGCAGCCAACCACUCCGACCUCACAUCGUGUCGAUUUCUAAAGUUUUCGUUUCCUUCCGAUGUAUUGUAGCUCCACCUGUACAGAUGCCUAGAAGAGAUUCUGGUCCUCAGCCUGUGAUACCUUCACUGCCCUCAACGUUUACAGUGGCAUUUCCCGGCACACUUGGCGGCUUAUUUCUUCUGAGCUGUUUGAUCUCGCUUUACUGCGCGAUACCGUUUGUUGGUCUGAUGAAGAUUACAAUGGUACUCGGAAUGAUUCUUUCGGUGUCUCAAAUAACACAAUUUGUAUUCUGUCUAACAGAAACGCAAAGUCGGAUGCGAUCAGGCUCCGUAUUGACUCCCGUUCGAGGACCAAAAAAAUCCAUAGUUAAAGCAGAGAAUGAUCUUAUGGUUUAUUUUACCGUUGACAAAAUUGAGGUGGUUGAAGCCGAUCAAGAAACAGAACCAGUCUUGUCUGAUAAGACAUACCUUGAAUCUGAAGCAAGUAACGACGCUGAAUGCAGUUCGAUCAGCGGCGGUCCGAUUGCUUUCUCACCACGAUUUAUUGCAGGUGAAAAGGGUGAUGAAGAGAAAGGUCGCGCGAGAUAUUUGGCUACAUUGAAAUGGCGCAAAGAAAACAACAUAGACAAUAUUUUGGUGACGCCACACCCGAAUUUUGAGAUUAUUAAACGUAGCUAUCCGCAAUACUUUCACGGCAGGACUCGUGAUGGACAUCCUGUAUAUUACGAGCGACCCGGCAAAAUUGAUUUGCCAGCACUUAAGCGAGAGGGGCUUUCCAUUGAUGACCUACUGCGUCACUAUAUGUACAUUACUGAGUAUCUUUGGCGAGUGGUAGAGCCUAACGAUUUGGGUCGGUCGAUCACGGUGUUGGAUGUGUCAGGCAUCGGCAUGUACGAUCUUGGUGGUGAAGUACUGGAUUUUAUCAAGCGCGCUUCCGCAUUCACCGGAGAACAUUAUCCAGAGCGGAGUGCUCACAUUUUUAUUAUCAAUAUUCCCGGCUGGUUUAAUAUGAUCUGGCGCAUGGUAAAGCCAAUGAUUGAUCCUGUCACCCGCGAAAAGGUUCACAUGCUUAAGGGUAGCGCGAUUCUGAAAGAACUAGAGACACUUAUUGACUUAGAAAACAUCCCUUCAGACUUUGGCGGCGAGAGUGUAGCGCUUGGAGACUCGGAAGAAGAACAUGCGCUGGCUGCACACGUCAAAAAGUAUCUAGGAGUACUAAAUUUUACCUAA